CGCCGCCUUUCCGAUAUUCACACCCGUUGUAAUGCAUAUUUCGUUUUUAAUGCUUACAUUAAACAGCAAAAAGGACACGUUUAAAUCGAAUAAAUGUGAUUAUGUCGCACAUCUGUUAAAACUAUUAAAUAUAAGAUAUGUUCUCGAUAAUUGAUGCAUUUUAUAAGCAACGCGUUCAUAAAACAUAACAUCUUCCGAUCAGUACUGUUUUCAGUUGUCACAUGAACAGACAGAACUGAAAUAAAAUGUAGUUUUUCCUUACAAAUCCUACUUUUUGAAGAGUUAUGGAGUGUGUAUAUUUAAAAUUAUGCCUGUAUCUGACAGCACUGGUGGCUGUCACAUCAGGAGGGAAGAUGAAGAUAGUAGAGGAACCUAAUACAUUUGGGUUGAAUAAUCAGCUUGUGUCUCAGAAUAAUCGCCUGCAGCCGAGGAUCAGCCCAUCUCCAGUGUCUGGACCUUCACAUCUGCACAGAUUGGCAGGGAAAUGCUACAACUACAUUGAAGCCACAUACAAAUACACGUUUUGUCCAUUUCAUAAUGUGACUCAGCAUGAGCAGAGUUUCAGAUGGAACGCAUACAGCGGUAUACUAGGUAUUUGGCAGGAAUGGGAGAUUCAGAAUAACACAUUUUCUGGCAUGUGGAUGCGAGAGGGAGAUUCAUGCGGAAACAAGAACAGGCAGACCAAGGUUAUCCUGGUCUGUGGGAAUAGCAGCAAACUAGCGAGUGUUUCAGAGCCACAGACGUGUGUUUAUUCGCUCACAUUUGAGACGCCACUAGUUUGCCAUUCACACUCCCUUUUGGUGUAUCCGGUUUUGAGUGAGGCGUUGCAGAAAGAGUGGGAUGAAAUUGCACAAGCUCGACAUGACGAUCUCAUCACAGAACAGGGUUAUAAUAAGCUCCUGAAGGAGCUGUUUGAAGAGGCUGGUCUCUUGAGGAAAUCUCAACAGCCAAAAGUAGAAGAGAGCACGAAGUCUCUCACGCAUCAGAGUCUGGAGCAGUGCACACAGGAUUUUGAGAAGCAGCGGGCGGAGAUAGAGCGGCUACAAUCACUCCUAACACAACAUAACAUCUCCUACCAGACAACAACAGACAGGACCCAGGGUCAUUCAGAGGCCUCACCUGUCCAGGGCCAGCAUCUGCGUGGCGACACCGGCUUUAUCGCUGAUCUGCACUAAACGAUCACAAAACCUACAGCUAAUCGUUCAGGAAAAUAAUGCUACUGUGAGAUAAUGGUAUUUUAUGAUAUUUAAAUUUGACUUGAUUCUGCCUAAGCUAACAAUGUAUAAUGAAAAAUAAAGUUUUUAUGACAUGACAAUGUUGUGCUAUGAAUUUUUAAAGGUGAGGUCAAUUUGUACGUGAAAACGUUGUCUCUGUGGAACAAUGAAAACAUUUUUUGAACAUCAAGACCAGCCUUAGGGGCCAUUCACACAGAAUGUGCUUUUGCAUUUAUAAAACAUGAGACACUGGUGUUGAGAUCUAGACGUGUCUUAACUUUUUGCAACUUGGCCGCUGGAUCUUUAGAAAGCAGUAGCAUGUGUGAGAUGCUAAAAAAGACAUGAGCACAACUGUCAAAAAUAUUCGUCUGGCACGUUUACAGAGAAAAACCGAGCAAUGUUGGCUCAACCGCUCCAACCAAUGAAGUGUAUUUUUCUGCAAGCAACUUUUCUUAUCCAGACUUAAACGGUAA